AUGUCCCUUGACCCUGGUGAAGCUGGCUGCUCCUCAGCCCCUGCUCCAGGUAUCAUCACUGCAGCCCCUGAGCAUCACCCCUGCAGCUCCCUGGGAAUCAUCCCUACAGCCCCCUGGGCAUCAUCCCCACAGUCCCCGGGGCAUCACCCCAGCAGCCCUUGGGCAUCACCCCUGCGGUUCCCCGGGCAUCGUUCCUGCAGCCCCCCCAAGGCAUCACCCCAGCGACCCUUGGGCAUCAUCCCCACAGCCCCUGGGCAUGGGCAAUGUCCCAAGGCCACCACUGUCCAGGACCCAGGUUGA